AUGAGCGAAAUUGUCAUCAACCCCGACACCUUCUUCGAGCGCCUUCAAACCCUCUACAACGCUUGGAAAGCAGACAAGAGAUCGGGAAAUGAAGUCUUUGGCGGCGCGGACAGCAUCUUCAUCUUGACGGGCAAGGCCGCUGAUGAGACUGUAUAUGUUAAGAACAAUGCAGUACAUUUCUGGCUUCUAGGCUAUGAAUUCCCCGCCACAUUAUUGAUUUUCACCACUGCUGCCUUCUACGUUGUUACCACGGAGAAAAAGGCAAAGCACCUCCAAAACCUCAAAGAUGGAAAGAUCCCCGUCGAAAUCUUUACCGUCCAUAUGAAACAACCCGAGACGCGAACCCAAGCCUUUGAGAAAUGCAUCGAUAUCAUCAAGAAUGCCGGAAAGAAGGUUGGCAUCAUCCCGAAGGCCGAUGCACACGGUCCCUUCGUCGACGAAUGGUUCAAGAUGUAUGGCGACCUCUCCAAGGAAGUCGAGGAAGUGGACGUUUCAGGCGCCUUCUCUACUGCGUUCGCUAUCAAAGACGAAAAUGAGCUGAGAAAUAUGCGUACCGCAGCCCGGGCGGCCAGUGGUAUGAUCUCAGACUACUGGGUUGAUGAAAUGUCCAAGGUGCUUGAUGACGAGAAAAAGGUCACCCAUCGCCAGCUAUGUGAUAACAUGUCGAAGAAGAUUGAUGAUAAUAAGUUUUUCAACAAGAUCUCCAAGUUGCCGGGGGAUUUUGACAACCAGCAGCUGGAUUGGGCAUAUGGGCCUAUCGUCCAGAGUGGGGGACAAUAUGAUCUUCGACUGAACGCUCAACCGACCAACGACCAUCUUCAUUCCGGUUGCAUCAUUGCUGGGGUUGGAUUCCGAUACAAGACCUACUGUUCGAUGUUGGUACGAACCUACUUGAUCGACCCGAGCAAAUCGCAGACGUCGAACUACAAGCUUUUGCUUGCUGCGCAUGACGCCGCUUUGAAAGAGAUCAAAGAAGGUGCGCUGCCCAAAGACGUCUACAACAAGGCUCUGGGCGUCAUCAAGGCUCGUAAACCUGAACUCGAGAAGAACUUUGGUAAAGAUGUGGGUUCAGCUAUCGGUAUCGAAGUCAGAGAUUCAAAAUUUGUCCUGAACGGCAAAAACACCAAACCUCUCAAAGAUGGCAUGACAUUCAGCGUCACCACCAGCUUGUCGGAUCUUACCAACGACAAACCUCAAGAUAAGAAGAGUGGCAAUUACACUCUUAUUCUGACAGACACAGUGCGAGUGACCAGGGGGGAGCCGGUUGUUUUCACGAAAGAGGCACACACCGACCUAGACUCGAUCGAGUUUUACUUUAAGGACGACGAAGAAGAGACAAAGCCGAAGCAGGAGAAGGCUAAGAAGCCCGGCGCUAGCGCUAUUGUUACAUCCAACAUCAAGACGACUCGUCUCCGAGGAGCCAAUCGGCAGGACAACGCCAAAGAAGAGGAAGAGGCACGCCGAAGAGAGCAUCAGAAGGAAUUGGCAGCGAAGAAACAGCGUGAAGGUCUAGAGAAGUAUGCCGAAGCGACUGGGGAUAUAAAUGGCGAGAACGAGAAGAAGUUCAAGAAGUUCGAGUCAUAUAAGCGCGAAGGGCAACUUCCUCCACGCGCCAAGGACCUGAUUGUCUGCGUGGACCUCAAGGCGUCGACCGUGAUUAUCCCCAUCAUGGGCCGACCGGUACCAUUCCACAUCAACACGAUCAAAAACGUCAGCAAGUCUGAUGAAGGCGAGUACACGCAUCUACGCUUCAACUUCUUGUCUCCAGGUCAAGGUGUUGGGCGCAAAGACGACCAACCUUUCGAGGAUCCUCAAGCACACUUUGUCAGAUCUUUGACCAUACGCUCCAAGGAUCAGGAUCGCCUCUCAGAAAUUUCGGCGCAAAUCACCGAACUUCGGAGGUCAGCUGUUCGUCGAGAACAAGAAAAGAAGGAGAUGGAAGAUGUCGUGGAGCAGGACAAGUUGAUCGAAAUCCGCAACCGUCGGCCUAUCAAACUUACAGACGUCUAUCUUCGACCUGCGCAGGAUGGCAAACGUGUUCCCGGUGAGGUCGAAAUCCAUCAGAAUGGUCUUCGAUACUCAUCACCCCUCCGUCAAGAGCAUGUCGAUGUGGUCUUCUCCAAUGUCAAACAUUUGUUCUUCCAACCUUGCGUCGGUGAACUGAUUGUGCUGAUCCACGUCCACCUUAAAAAUCCCAUCAUCAUCGGCAAACGCAAGACGAGAGAUGUCCAAUUUUACCGCGAAGCAACAGAUAUGGCAUUUGAUGAGACGGGUAAUCGGAAGCGGAAGCACCGAUAUGGCGAUGAAGAGGAAUUCGAACAAGAACAGGAAGAACGAAGACGCCGAGCCGAGCUCGAUCGACUUUUCAAGAGUUUCGCGGAAAAGAUCUCGGAUCAAGCCAGGGACUAUAAUGUGACGGUGGAUAUUCCGUUCCGGGAGCUCAGUUUCAACGGUGUUCCGAACCGUUCCAACGUUCUGAUGGCGCCGACGACCGAUGCGUUGGUCCAAUUGACGGAACCGCCGUUCACUGUCAUCACGCUGGAUGAGAUUGAGGUCGCUCAUUUGGAAAGAAUACAGUUUGGACUCAAGAACUUCGAUCUCGUCUUUGUCUACAAGGACUUCCACCGACCGCCAACACAUAUCAAUACGAUUCCAGUGGAGUCGCUUGAUAGAGUGAAGGAAUGGCUCGACAGCGUGGACAUUGCAUACACCGAGGGACCGCUCAACCUGAACUGGAGCACGAUCAUGAAAACCGUGGCCACUGACCCACAUCAUUUCUUCACCGAGGGCGGCUGGAAUUUCCUGGCCACAGAGACCGAUUCUGAAGACCAGGAGGAGUCUGAAGAGGAAAGCGCCUUUGAGAUGAGCGAUGGCGAAUUGGCGGCAAGUGAGUCGGAAAGUGAAGAGGAUAGCGAGUUCGAUGAUGACGCGAGUGCGAGUGACGAUGAGGGGGAAGCAGAGAGUGGGUUGUCUGAUGAAGGGGAAGAUUGGGAUGAGAUGGAGAAGAAAGCCAAGAAGGAUGACAGGAGAGGUGGCAUAGAGGACGAGGAGAAGGGAGGGAGGAAGCGGAAGAGAUGA